UCACGUGCCCACUGCCGCUGGGUUAGGGCGCAGGUAUUAGUGGUGGCGGAGGGUGGGCUCUGUAGUCCGCGGAGUCCACCGCGAGCCGUCCGGGCUGCCAGAGUCAUUGCGCCGGCAGGAUGUCCCUGGCUGCCUACUGUGUCAUCUGCUGCAGGAGGAUAGGAUCCUUUGCUCCCCGAUCAAAAAGUCACACGCCCUGGAGAAAUAUCCGAAAUAUAAUAAGAUUUACUGGAUCCCUCAUUGUAGGGGGUUCUCUAUUUAUUACAUAUGAAGUGCUGGCCCUGAAAAAGUCUUUAAUGUUGGACACUCAGGUGGUGGAACGAGAAAAAAUGAAGUCUUACAUCUAUGUGCACAAAGCUCCUGUAGACAGGUUAGACAACCGUGGGAUUGUUUGGCAGGCAAGAAAAGAACUUCACAGAGCAGUAAGAAAAAUGUUGGCGGCAGCAGCCAAGGUACUGCGGAGCCCAUUUGCUGACUCUUUCAGCACAGUUGACAUAGAAGAUCAUGACUGUGCAGUGUGGCUGCUCCUGAGGAAGAGUCGGGAGGACAAUCUAGCUGCACGGCUGGAGGCCGUGCGCGAAAUGUCAGAGGCUCACCACUGGCAUGACUACCAGUACAGGAUAAUUGCUCAAGCCUGUGACCCGAGGACCCUUAUUGGUUUGGCACGAAGCAAAGAAAGUGAUCUUCGCUUUUUUCUCCCACCCCCUCCUUUGCCUUCUUUAAAAGAAGACUCCUCCACUGAAGAGGAACUCAGGCAUUUGCUGGCUUCUUUACCUCAGACAGAGCUUGAUGAGUGUCUCCAAUACUUUACAUCCUUGGCUCUUAGUGAAAGCAGCCAGAGCCUGGCCGCACAGAAGGGAGGACUGUGGUGUUUUGGAGGAAAUGGACUGCCUUACGCGGAAAGCUUUGGAAAGGUUCCCUCAGCCACAGUGGAAAUGUUCUGUUUAGAAGCCAUAGUAAAGCAUUCGGAGAUACCCUCACACUGUGACCACAUUGAAGCAGGCGGUGGCUUGCAACUCCUGCAGAGGCUCUACCAGCUUCACAAGGACUGCCCCAAAGUACAGAGAAAUGUCAUGAGGAUCAUCGGAAACAUGGCUUUGAACGAGCAUCUUCACCCUGCUAUAGUCCACUCAGGAUGGGUAUCUCUCAUGGCAGAAGCCUUGAAGUCCAGCCACAUUAUGGAGGCUUCCCACGCUGCCAGAACCCUGGCUAACCUGGACCGAGAGACUGUGGGUGAGAAAUACCAGGACGGAGUGUACGUGCUCCAUCCCCAGUGUCGGACAAGUCAGCCCAUUAAAGCCGAUGUCCUUUUUAUUCAUGGCCUAAUGGGAGCAGCAUUUAAAACCUGGCGGCAGCACGACAGCCAGCGGGCUCUGACUGAAAGUGCUGUGGUGGAUGAAGACAGAUACACUACAUGCUGGCCCAAGACAUGGCUAGCAAAGGACUGCCCCUCACUUCGCAUCAUAUCUGUGGAGUACGACACGAGUCUCAGCGACUGGAGGGCAAGGUGCCCUAUGGAGAGAAAGUCCAUUGCAUUCAGAAGCAACGAACUUCUCAGCAAGCUCAGGGCUGCUGGUGUUGGGGAUAGGCCAAUGAUUUGGAUCUCACACAGCAUGGGAGGUCUUCUCGUCAAGAAGAUGCUGUUGGAAGCCUCUAAGAAGCCCGAACUGAGUCCUGUUAUAAACAAUACCAGAGGAAUGAUUUUUUACAGUGUCCCUCACCAUGGGUCACGUUUGGCUGAAUACUCCGUUAAUAUUCGAUAUCUUCUCUUUCCCUCACUGGAAGUCAAAGAACUCAGCAAAGACUCUCCUGCACUGAAGACGCUACAGGAUGACUUUCUGGAGUUCUCGAAAGACAAAAACUUCCAGGUGCUGAACUUUGUAGAAACACAACCGACAUUUAUCGGCAGCAUGAUUAAACUGCAUGUAGUGCCCGUGGAGUCAGCAGAUUUAGGCAUUGGGGAUCUAAUUCCUGUGGACGUCAACCACUUGAACAUUUGCAAGCCGAAGACAAAGGAUGCGUUUUUGUACCAACGUACUCUACAGUUCAUCUGCGAAACUUUAGCCAGAGAUCUUGAAAACUGACAGCUACGUUCUUCCAUUUUUUUGUGUGAAUACAGUGCGAGAAACGUGGCAUUCUCCAUCUCUUGUUAAGCUCUACGAAGUCCUGUGCACUCACUGCAUGUGGGGUGCAGGCAGCAGAGUGCAGCUCUUCACGCAAGCACUGGGAGAUGCCCGAGUACACCUGGAGGCCACAGAGGAAGGGUUACAUUGAGAAACUCCUUUGUGCUGGGCCUUGGGGUAGGGAGCAGAGCUGCUGUGGCCAGAGGGCCCGACCACCUAAGACUGUUCCAGCUCACCCAAGAGUCCUGACAGGCAAGCUAGCACACCAUGAGAAUGAAACUUGGGGAGAACAAGCUAGAACUUACAGAGGCUGUGGUUGACCUGGGUACCAUGUGCCAUGAUGUUUUACUGCCAGUUUUUAAUGUCAAUAUGCCAGUUACACAUUUGACACUUUUACAGGGGCUCCUGCGCGCCUGCUUGUAUGUGCGGGCCAGUCUCAUAUGCUUCUGGGUUUCUCACAGUGCUGAGAACAAUUGUUUUGUUUUUUUUUUUUAAGUAUUUUAAGAUAUUUUAAUUAGCUAUUGAAUAAUAUGCUCCAGAUAAGGUAAGGAUCCGGUUAUGAGCACACCUAUUUGAAGCGAUCAGGUAUGCUGACCACUCAGUAUUAAGCCUCUCAGAUUUUCUGGCUAUGUAAAGUACAGCUUCCCUUCAUGCCCCCUUAGAGGGAGGGUGGGAACUCGGGCUGAUGACCAUUGUUGUGGUUUAGUAAUAGCAUUAUUAACACGAAAGUCAGUGUGUGUGUGCGCGUGUGCAUGUGUGUGGUGCUAGGGAUCAAACUGGAAACCUUGUGCAUGCUAGCCAGGUACUCUGCCAGCAUGCUAUGUCCUCAGCCCCAAAUUUAUACAACUUUUAGUACAUUCAAAGUUACUGAUUAUCACCACUGUCCAGUUUCAGUCGAUUGUGUCAUUCCCCAAAGCAACUCUCUCAGCAGCAGGCAGUCCCCUCCUCCGACCCCAACCCCAGGAAACACUAUCGCUUUCCCUCUCUGGAGAUUGCCUAGUGAACAUUCAUAAAGUUGGUAGUGUCACCGUGUUGCUCUUAGCACAAUGGUUCUUUCUUGCAUCACUCUUCCUGCCUCUCUCUGCUUCCUCCCUGCCUUGCAGUGAGCAGUUUUGCCCAUUCUCCCAUGAUGCCCUGUCUCACACCAUGGGACCGGUGAUGAUUGACUGAAACCUUGAGCAGCAGACAUCUUUUCUCCUUGACCUCUGCUGCCCAGGUGUUUGUCAUUGAGGUGAACAUGAAUACGGUUCUGCUUUAAAACUGCAAUCUGAAAAGAGCUGUCCAGUGUAUUACUAAAUUAGUGUUAGUGUUUCUCUGACAAGACAGUCGGCAUUUCUGCUCUGUCUAUAUGAUGGAAAGGCCACGCUCCAUCACAAAGGCUUGGUGAGGUGUAGAUGAUAACAUACACUAAGGUGGCUAAUAGAGCAAGACGGAACAAAUCCAGCACUGGCGGAAUCAUCCUGAACAAAAACAUGAUUGAAACCAAUGAGCACAAGAUGAGCAAAACAGUAGCGCCUUAAAGACGGCACAGACACACAGUAGCUGCAGAAGGACCCCUCAAAGGCAAGGAACCCUCCUAUCUCACCUAUGCUGCCCUUGAAACUAGUGUGGGCAUAAUGAACAGAUGUGGUCAGGGGCAGGAACUCAAGCGUUGGCGAAGCCUGACAUUUGCUCUGCCUGAGUUCAUGUAAAUUAGAAUGUGAUGGAACAGCCUGGAACAUAAUCUGGUAUUUUAUCAUAAAUGCACAUAGAUUUCUGAAUAAUGCUGAUGAUAAUUUAUGGAUACAUUUGGAGUAUCUACAAACAAUCCACAACUAAAAAUAUUUUGGUGAAGAGAAGGCCCUUACAUUCCUGUCACAGGGUCAGAGACAGCAAGGAUGGAGUUGCUGGGAAUUUGAGUUGGGAGAUGCAUGGGAGCAAGGUUCAAGGUCUUUCUAGGGCAGAGAAACAGCUCUGAUACUGCACCAUAGACGGUGUGCCGUUAUACCUUACGGAGUACAGUGCAGGGAGUGAAGCUGAAUGUGGAGCCAGGGCCAUCGGAGGUGAUGGUGUCAGCAUGGGGUCAUUAGUUGUAGCCAUCCUAGGGCAGGACAUCUCUGGAGCUCCCUGUGGGAACAGGGAAGUGUUCGGGAGCCCUUCACUUGAAUUUCCCGUUGACCCUACCCUUACUCAGCAGACCGCUGAGCCCAUCCCCUGCCACCUUGGUAUAAAGAUCCCACAGUCCGAACAACACAGAAAUCUUACUGGCUUACCAUUUGGAAAUUACCAGUAUAUUCUUAAUCCUCAGAGACACAAUAUGAGUAACUAUGUUCUAUGAAUAAGCUUAGAAUAAACAUGGGCAGAAUUUGAAAAUACAUAGUCCCAUCUGUUUCCAUGAAAAAAUGUAUAUAAAGCAUCCUCAGAGCCCAUCUA